AUGGCUGCUGGUUGUUGUGGAACAAAGAAGCAAAAAUUAAAUAAUAAUUCUAGUAGUUUAACGUGCAAUGGAAAUUCGGUGAUACAAAACGGAUUAAAAAAUAAAAUGGUUGCUCAUCCCGAAAUGUGUUAUUUCUGUUUCGAUGUUUUAUAUUCUCAUCUUAACAGUUUAGAACCACCAAAGACACCAAAUUUUAGCAACGAUCCUUAUCCGCUGUUCGUGACAUGGAAAAUUGGAAAAGAUAGACGAUUACGAGGCUGCAUAGGCACUUUUAACGCUAUGAACCUCCAUUCUGGAUUACGUGAAUAUGCUGUUACAAGUGCUUUAAAGGAUUCGAGAUUCAGUCCAAUAACGAGGGAUGAAUUUCCAAAAUUAUAUGUGUCCGUAUCGAUUCUACGUCAUUUCGAAGAUGGCGCCGAUUAUCUCGAUUGGGAAGUAGGACUUCACGGCAUACGAAUCGAGUUUCACAAUGAAAAGGGCAAUAAAAAAACAGCUACUUAUCUACCGGAAGUUGCGACGGAACAGGGUUGGGACCAAAUUCAAACGAUCGACUCCCUUCUUCGUAAGGGAGGUUUCAAAGGAUCCGUUACGCCGGAAAUAAGGCGUAAUAUAAAAUUGACGCGGUAUCAAUCGGAAAAGAUAACAGUGAGUUAUCAGGAUUACCAAAUAUUUUGGGGCUCAGCGGGACCCUCGUGGAUACCCUGCGGGCCCCCGACGCCCCAACCGCCAAUGAUGCCUCGUUUGUAUCAGGUGCCUGUCGUUCCUAACAUGUUCGUUAUAGGACGUCCACAACCUCCUCAACCUCCUACUCCGACGCCGACGCCGAUGCUUCGCUAUCCAUCUUCCAUUCCAGUGUGGUGGGAUUCGCAACCGGGUCCUUCGUCGCGCGUUGGACGACAAUACUCAGGUACAGGCCAUUCUAAUUAUUCGUCGGAUAAUCAUUUCAGAAAGCGUAAAUAA